AUGGUUUCUUCUUCAGACACAGGAGUAUCAGACACAGUAGACCCCAUGGCGGUUGUGUCAGACGACGAGAUACCAUCAGAGGGAGACGUAUACACAUCAGACACCACAAGCACGGGCGACGAUGAUUUUCAGCCGUUCGCUCUGCCAGACAUCGGAGUUGAGAUACAGCCUGCUGAUGGCAUUCCUGCUGGGGAUCUACCUCUUGCAGUGAUCCCUGCUCCCGUUCCGCUUGCUGCUUUCCCCAUGGUGGAUGUGCCACUCGAUGUCGUAUCUGAUGACGACAUUGAUCUGUUCGAGGAGGAUCCGCCUGAGGACGACUAUGAGGGCGGGGCCCCGAUUGAUGCUGACGUUAUCCUUCCUAUUGCUGAGGCCCCUAUAGAGGAGCUUCCUCUUGGUUCUCCUGUCCCAGACUCGUUGGAGUGUGUGGCAUCUGCUUCUUUGCACACCUUGGGAGUGGAGCAUCACUCUCCUGACACCGACCCCGACAUGGCGAUGUCUGCUGCACCUGGUCCGUCACACGGGUUUGAGUUUGACCACGAGAUCGAUGACGAUUUUGAUCCAGUUUUCCCCCCUGAUUUCGAUCCUGACCAUGAUAUCGAGUUUAUUCAUAUGGACCAGCACUUAGAGGCGCCCGUAGCUCCCAUUGAUCCGUUAUUUGACAUUCCUGUUGAUUUUGAUAUGGAUCUUGUUGACCCCAAGCCCAUCAUGGCCCCAGAGCCUGUUGUUGACCAUGACCUCGUUCUUGAUGAUGCCCCAGCCGUUGCACCGCCUGAUAUGGGUGCACCGGCCAUUGCACCUCUUAUUGAUGAUAUACCCAUUGCUGACUUUCCUGUUAUUGCUCCACCAUUGGUGGAUGAUCCUGUUGUUGAUGCACCAUUACCUGAUCCUGUGCCGGCCUUGGUUGACCGUGCACCUUUCGCCGCUCACAUAGAUCCUCGUUAUGCUGACACCCGCAACGGGUGGAUCGAGGAUGAUGACGAUUACCCACCGUUUGUGCUACAUGUCACUCCUCCCGUAGCACCUGUUUCUGCACCCACUGAUAUUCCAUUGUUUCACCCACACACCACUGACGUCCAUCGCACUGAUCUACCCAUCACGUUCCUCCAGGACAAGCCGCCACCUCGUCCUGGAGAGGGGUCAUCGAGGCAGCUGCCUGUUUCUGUUCUACCCGUACUGUCAUCAUCUUUUCUGUUUCUGUCACAGUUUCCUCAUAUUGUACCCCUUGCUGCACCAUCUUUCAUACCAUCGAGCGAGCCAUUUUUGUGGACAACGCCCUCUGUUAUGCCAUUGUCUGACCCGUACCACCCAUUUCAUGUGGGGUACACCACGGAGGAUAUACUUGCAUCGCUGCAGCUACAGCAGGACGCGCUGAACCGUCGUAUUCAGGAGUUGGAGAGAGCUCCACAUCCGCAUUGUCACUGUCAGACCCCCUUUGCAGCACCGCACACUCCACGUCCGCUUUCCCCUGACUCAGACGUUCGUUUCUUGACAUCUGAGCAGCAGAUUGCAUAUUUGUUGCGCGUCUGUCGUUCCUUAGAGGAGGACUAG